UGGCAUCACCACUACAAAUUUAUCUACAGCAAUAUUUUUCUGUUUUUUGCGUUUAUCUAAGUUCGUUGAAGAGCAAAACCAUAAGCUAUCCUACUUAUACUCUAUAGAAAUCUGUCCACUUAUAAGCAUGGCUUCAAUUUUGGUCCAGGCUAUCCCACAAAUUACCUGUUGCUCUUGUGGGAGUAGCGGAUCGUCUUUUUCAUCAAUUGGGCCGAGGCAGUCGAAUAAACUAUUUACGCUGUCAUUAAGAAGAGGCUUGCAGAGACAAAGAAAGCGCUUUUUCAAUCAUCCAGAAGCUGGAAAUGGCAACGGAAACAAUUUUAUUUCGCCUGAGGAUGUAUCAUAUCUUUGGAAACUAACAUUAGGAUGUAUCACUGGUGCCAUUGUCAUCAAGUAUGGCAGCAUCUUACUUCCAGACAUUACAAGGCCAAACAUUAUCCAAGCUCUUUUUAUGAUUGGAAUACCUGUAUCAGCAAGCAUCUUGUUGUUACUAGUGGCAAGUAGUAUGGAGAGACAAUAAUAAUAUAUUUAGUCUCUAAUUACACAUUCUUAUCAAAAAAAACUUUCAACCUCAGAAGCUAAGUUGGCUUGGGAUUUCUUGGUUGAUUUACGCUCUUAUGAGUUGAAACUUAAGGUUGACUGGUCAUAAAUUUUGGUACUGCAUUGAUGCAAUACAUAGACUAGCAAAAAGUUCACUAUGCAUACCUGUUGAUUUUUCAGUUUAAAAACCUUAGUGCUAAGGGCUUAUACAUGCCAGUGCAACUGUGUAAAAUUUUGAAGACAGAGGACUUGCACCACUGGUUCACAACUGUUU